GAAAAAUAUAAGUGCUCGGCCGUGUUAGCGCAGCCUAAUCGAAUAAAAUUAUAACUAAAAUAUCUAUUUACUUACAUACAUACAUACGCCCAAGCACAGCCCGCUUCAAAGUGCAUACAUCCUUAUGCGCUUAAAUAUUUGCAUAUUAAGCUAUAUAAUCAAUCGCAGCAGCAAACACAAUAAAAGAAAAUCGCUUCGACUAUUUCAAGUAGCAUAUAUGAAUACAUAAUACUUCUACUUGUACAUAAACAUAUGCCAGCAUUAUUUAAUUAUGAAAUGCAGAGAUUCAUUAGUGUCCGAUUAUGUUGUACAUAUAAAUACAUAAGUACAUUUGUAUAUCACGAAUAAAAAAUUUAUAUGUACACAAGUAGAAACAUAUAUAUAUAUAAAUAACGUUUUUAGCAAUCCUCAUGCAACUUCCUAACCUACAUACAUGCAUUCAUAUAUACAUACAUACAUAAGCCUAAUACAUAUAAUGACUGUAAAGCGAACACAGUGCAACACCGUUAUAUUACUAGUUGCAUUUUUCGAACUACAUCCAUACAUACAUAUGUAAAACAUAUUUAAAUUAAGUUGAAAUGAGUAACAUAAAUACUAAAUUAUCUUUAAAAUUUAAAUGCAAGAUAAUGAGUACGUUGAAAUAAAUUUACAUAAUUGAUAAAUAGUUUAAAUAAAAUAUAUAUACAUACUUAAUAAAUAAAAAAUAGAACUUCAUUACUUUACUAUAGACAAAUGUAUAAUAGCCCUGACAGACGACAGCGCUAAUAUGCUUUAGCGGGCUUAAUUUACAUUUGCUUGCGCAUUUGACCCAUGUUAAUGCAAGUUUGUAAUGCACAAGAAUUCCGUACAUUUGGUUGAAUUUACUAAAUUUGAGUAGGCAACACUGUUCAAAAAUGGCCGAUUUUUGCUAUUUUUUGACAGAUGUCGCACGGUUGCUAUCCAUUUUUCCAAUAUUCUUAACUUUUUAGCACACUUUUUCCGCAUUACAAUCAAUUAUUGCUUUAAUUUCACUCUAUUAUCAUUUAACGUAGAUAAUAAACGAAUUUUUCCAUUAAAUUUAUAUUGAUUUUCCAAAAUUACCAAAAUUUCUAUUAAUAAUUUUUCUUAUUCAUUUUUAUUUCACUUUUUUUUUAAUAAAUAAACAAGUUUCACUAUCAGCUGUCUAAAUGCACAAGCCUGCCGUCUGUCACCAUAAAACUUCAAUGCGCAUUAGCGUCGCUUAAAGUUUAAACAAAUUUCUUUAAAUGUUAAUAAAGUUUACAGGUUAGAGCCUCGCUCGUCCCUUUUUUACGAGCAGGAAUAAUUAUUAUUUGUUAAUUUUGUGUUAAUUCUUUCUAUGUAUUGGAGUUAAGGAUAGUCGAGCUACUUGGCAAUAUUAAAGAACAGUAAUAAGCAAGCAACUUUUCAUUAAAAUCGUAAAUCCAUGCCACCUAAAAUCGUCCUGUUCAAAAAUGUCCUCCUUUAACGUCCAUAAUUGUUUUUUUUUAAUAAAUAAAUUUCACUAUCUAGACCUCAUAUUAUGAACGGUUUCUCUCUGUACAUCUCUUUCUCAUUAUUUUUGUUGAAUACUCUUGAAUGAAUGAAAUUGGUUGUCGUUUGAGGUGAUGAAAACAAACUUGGAGAAAUUUAUACAAAAGAAAAAGGCAGUGGAAAUUACAGAUGAUUACAAGAUUCGCAGACAAAAAACGAGUUAAAAAUUCCGAUUAAUUGAAUGAUGAAUAGAUAUAGAUGGAGCAUUUUAAAAUGCUGAAAUAUUUUAAGAAACGAAAAGGAUUGCGCCGCCAAGCAGUGGGGACAGAUGUCCCUUUUGGAAAAUCAUGUGGCGAUCUAACAGAAAGUGGAUUAGGCCACAGUGAUUCCGAAAAUAAACGGCACUCAUUACAUUCAUCUUCUAGUUUUUGCGACGAAAUAUUAUCACAAAUAGGUGCAGAAGUCGAUGCAAAUGACGGAAUUGAAAUUUCUUGGGGAAGCAGUAUGAUUUCAAAUGAUGAUAUUUUUCAAUAUAAAUCUCGUCUGGCGAUGUCAAUUUCGUCAAUAGUAAGUGAUCCAAAUUGUCUAACCUAUUUUGUACAAUUUUUGGACACCAUGAAUGCACUCCCUUUCUUAAAAUUUUACCUCGAUACUGAAAAUUUUAAAACUGCUGCACUUGGUCACUUAAAUGCAGAACAACAAAGUGAUGAGCGAGGAGCAUUAGGAAGUAAGAAAGUGUUGCAGAAAUAUAAGGACAUUAAAACACCGUCUCGAAUAGAUUUAGGAAAUAAGGAAGAAAUAAACGCUACGUGUACUCAAGAUGAUGAUAAAGUACCUGAAUUGAAAAGCUUUUUCGAUUUAUCUAUGCGCCAGCCGCUCACAGAUGAUGAAAAAAGUAAAAUCUAUGCCGAAACUAAUAAGCAAAUAUAUCAAUGUGCAGAAAACACGCUUACAAUUAAUAAAAAUAGUAAUCGUACAAAAAAUUUGAAGGAGAAAAAUUCCGAUUGCUUAUGUGAAGGCGGUGAAAAAAAGCUGUGCUCUGAUGUAUCCAGUGCUUCAAGUGGUACUCAAAAAUGUAUAAACCCCGCUAGUGUCAAUGAUGCAAUUGCAAUAUAUCAAAAAUAUUUAAUUGCGGACGCAAAUCAGUUUAUCUCAUUACCUGUCGAUAUUUUGUCUGGCAUAUCUUUAAUUGUAUGUCAACGAGCUGAAAUUAAAAAAGAAGCUUCUUCACCAAAUCAAUCAAAAAUUGAAUCCACGCCUACUAUUUCGGCAACUUGCUUCGUUGAAGCACAACGUUAUGUUUUGGAUCAUUUAGAAAGAGUGUAUUUAAAUGAAUUUUUGCAGAGCUCUUUUUACGCCAAAUACAGUGUUGAAUUGAUAGAAAAUGGUAACCCGGAGUUGUCCAUAUAUGAUAUUCUUUAUAGCGAAGCUACAUUGUUCUUCUUCAUGGAAUUUCUUGAACAACACAAUGAACGUGAAUGCCUUGACUUCUGGACAUCAGCCAUAAAUUAUCGCAAAAGUUACAUAGUUGCCGACAGAGAUACCGAAAAUGCCACUGUUGUGAUAAAAGAUAAAUCAAACAUUCCAAGCACUGGUCAGUUAGAAGCUCAGGGCGACGCGAUGAUAAUCUAUGAAAAAUUUUUCUCGCUGCAAUCCGAGGAUCGUUUUUGGUUAUCAGAUCGGCUCCGAAGUCAAGUUGAAGAACGUAUUUGCGCUGCUGAUCAAGUGGCGUAUUGUUUUGAUUUAGCUCUACAGUUGGUGGCGGUAUAUUUGGAGCGUAAAUAUUUUCAAGACUUCCUAAAAUCGCAACUAUUUCAGAACUACUUAAAUGAACUUAAGUUCAAAAUACGUGAAAUGAAUGUUUCAGCAAGAACAACGGAUGACGAUAAAGUAACGUCUUCUGCUGCAGCUGGUGGUCGUUUUAGUAAAGCACUACAUCGAAAAACACUUUCAGAUUGUAGUGAUGGAAGCAGACGUGAAGUUUUCAGACACAAUACUUUAUUGGCGAUGGACGGUAACAAAUUGCCACAAACAAGAAUAAAAAGUAUUCAACAUGCGACUGGUUCUGCUUUGCAUAUUGAUGCACGUCAUUUAAUAAAUCCAAACUUAUUAUGGCGUCGAUCGCAAUCAGUAGAUGGAGUAGCUCUUAAAUUUGGUCACAUUAACGAAUUGGGUCGUUAUGAACGUGAUUUCGAGGCAAUUGAUGAUGUUGGAGGUGAAGCGGCGAGUGGUAGUAAACCAAAUUGGCCACUAAGACUGAGUGGCAACAGAAUUAAAAACGCGAUGAGAAAAUUGGUCCAUUUGCCAGAAGAAAAGGUUCAAGAAGAAAUUGCAUGGCAAGUUGCAGAAAUGAUAAUUAAGGAUGUGACAAGUAUAACUCUAGGACACGAUGCAAUAAAUUCCACUCCAGCUUAUAACAACAAGAACGAAGACAAAUUCUAGAGCAUUGUAUUUACUUUGCGCACUUUAAGUUCACUUACUUUAGAGAAAUAUUAGGAGUUCUUACUUGCACUUUUAAGUGCUUAUUAAAUCUCGAUUAAUGAUUGGCUAGUCAAAAUUUGUAAAGGGAAUAUCUCACAGAGUAUGUUGUCAGUCAAUAAAAAUUGGUAGAGACACUAUGUUCGUAAGUGUAUAUAUGAAUUACAUGAGCUUAUGUUUCAAUAAUUCAGAAGAUCAUAAAAAUUUAACGUAAUGUAACAGUAAAAAUUCAGUUGGAACAACAUGUAUAAGUAUAUGUUAUGUUGAACAUAUGUACGUAUAAGAUUUGAUAAAGUAAAGUUAAUCUGAAAUAUUUGUGGAAUGUAAAGAGCAAAAUGACAUUUUAUAGUUUAUAUAAUUUAAAGUUAUAAAUUAGGCUGUUUUUCAUAUUUAUACCAAGCCAAUAAUAUACUCAUGUUUUUAUUGUAUUAAUUUUUUAUUUAUAUCAGUAAAAAUUUGUAAUUUUCUGAACUACAAAGUGCAUAAUUAGUAUAUGACUUAGCCAUAAAAACCAUGCAAUAAAUAUAGUUAUUAUGAUUUUUGUUGUAAUCGCACAAAACAAUCAACCGGUUAUAAAAUCAGGAAUUACCGAUUUCAUAGCAAAACUGUUGUCUCAAAUAAAUGAUUGAUCAAUUGUAGCUAUUAAAAUUUUUAUUAUUAUUAUAAUAUUUUUUUUUUUUUAUAAAUAUAUUCGAAAAAAAUAGUCGACAAAAUUCAACAUUGAAAGAUUUUUACUUUGGAUAAUUACUUUGUAUCUCAUGGGAAUUGUAUAACCUCUAGUUUCUUCAAAAAUUAUUUUCCCAAAAAUUUUAAAUCGACAUAACGAGUAAUUUAAACUAUCCUACAAAAAUACCUCAACAAGCGUUGUGGUUUAGGUUUGGCCAAGACAUAUUUUACCUACAUACAUACAUACAUGCAUAUAACAUAAUAUUUUGUUACUAACAUAUUUGCAGUGCUUUAAAACUAAUUGUAAUCCCGCAAGAGAAGAGGCUGUAUGGCUGAGCUUUAAAAUUUUUCUGAUAAAUAUGAAGACAUAUAGAACGUAAGCUAUCUUCAAUUUAAGCACAAUUGAAAUGUAAUAAAAAAAUAAAAAAACAACAAAAAUUAUUUUGAUAUGCAUAUACAUCAAUA